AUGCCUACCUCCAACAUGGCCAUCGUGACCAAUCUCAUCCUUCUUGCCGGCACCUUUGCCACCGCUGUCCUCGGCAUCGCGCCCUAUUCCAACGGCGUCUUCACCGAGACGGCGGCCGUUCAGGAGCUCGGAUCCAUCACGUCGGCCGGCACCCUCGUCUACUCGCUCAACGUGUGCACCAUCGUACACUCGACCAACUGCGAGGUCACCAUGUCGAGCGGCGGUGCUGCCCCUGCGAAGCCGGCCACGCCCACGGCCGUCGCCUCGAGUGGCAACGCUGUUGACGAGCCGAAGCAGCCCGUUCAAACGACGACCGACCCUGGCGGUGUCCCGACAGCCGUCACCCAGGCGGCCCCCUCUGUUCCCGCUUCGGGUCAGUCGUCCAACGCGGCUCCUACUCUCACCCAGAGCGUGGAGAGCCAGCCCUCCGGCUCGGGCACGGACACUCCUUCGGCCACCUCGACGGGAGCUGGCAACGCUGUUGGCGCCGUCAAGGGAGUUGCUUUCGGCGCCGCUGCCGUCGCCGUCGCCAAUUUCUUCUGA